UGGGCGGUGACGGGACCCGGCACCGUGCAGGGAUUGCUGGGGGGGGCCCUCUCGGUGACCUGCACGUACAAGGCCGGCCAGGAGACGAAGCCAAAAUUCUGGUGCAAACCGGGAACAAUUCGUACCUGUGCUGAGGACAUCGUCAUCACCUCGGAGCUGGAGACAGAGGUGCGGAGGCACCGAUUCUCCAUCCGGGACAAUCGCACACGCCGGGUGUUCAUGGUGACCAUGGAAGGCCUGACCAUGGAGGAUGCGGGCACCUACCGCUGCGGGGUGCGAACGAGCAAGAUCGAGUGGGAUGAGAGUCACGAUGUGAAGGUGAUCAUGUCCCCAGCGUCAUCCUACUCCACCACCACCACCAAGCACCCUGAUCGCAUCAGGUCUGUAUCAGUCCCCGCACAGACAACUCCCCAGGGGAAAGCUGUGCAACCGGGAUCAAAUGGCUCCCACCAUGAUGACACCAGCUCUCCACCAUUGGAUGUGGUUGUGCACAUCCUCACUCCAGGCAUCAUAGUGGUUCUUCUUAUGCUUGCAGUUGCUGCCGGCAUUUUGGUAAUGCUGUCCAGGAAGAGGAAGAAGGCCCUCUCCGGAGCAGCUGUAGAGAUGGACGGGACACGCAGCACGUCACGUACGGGAGCGGACACCUUGAACUACGCGGACAUUAACCACCGCACGGGCACAGCCGAGAGCCAGUUGUACAGCAAUGCCGAGGCUUUCCGCUGCUUGGCAGACACUGGGACCGAAUACGCGGAGGUGAAGCACAGCAAUAAGCAUUUGGAAAAGGAAAAAGGUGCUACAUAUGCCACCGUGCAGAUGUCCCUGCCGGAGCAUCAGGAAAUCUACGCCAACAUGCUGCCAGCCCCACGACCCGGAGAAAAGCCCUACAGCACAGUGCAGAGGGUGUGA